AGUCCGGUCCAGAAAGAAAUAGGAUCAGUAGGUAGGGAUUCCCUUUUUUUGUUAUUUUCAUUUUUUGUGUGUUUGAUCCUGCAAUUAACAUGUUUGAAAUGCAUUAAAACUGAAAUGUGACCAUAAAAGUUUUGAAUUUCACCAUUAUUUUAGUGUUCCUUUCCAGCGACCGGCUUAAAAAUAAAUAAUGUUAGGUUCGUCAGGUUUCCGCUAACGUUAGGGUCGGUCGGAUAGCAUUUUCCCUAUGCAAUAUCAUAACAAGUUCAGUUGUUUUUUCUGAUUGUAAAUUGUCCUUCUCAAAUUAGUAAAUACUGAGCGGAAGCAACUUCAACAAUCUUCAAGCAGGAUAGGCGCUAGGCCAGGGGUUUGGCCUUUUCUUUGUCAUUUUUCUGUCUUUUGGCUUGCCGUAAAACGUUAUUCCUAUAGUCAAAGACGACUGGGGCGGAUGUACUGGUGUUUCGGGCCCUUUCACAACGAAUGACCAACAACCAACCCACACAUCUGCUUAGAGAGGAAAGAUGAACUGAACCUCCUGAGCUGAAGGUUAAAGGUCAGAGAUUAAAGUUGAUCAACAAAGAAGAAUGGUUUGACCAAGGAGGUUAAAAAACCUCCCAGCUUGGUUUGACCAGUUUCUUGAGGUUUCUUGUAGGGGCCAGUGGAAUCUUCACACUGCAGGUGAUGAUAACGUUACUUGAGCUUGUGCGCGACAAUAACGCCCGUUAACGUUAUUGACGGGCGUUAUUGCAGGACUUAUCAUACUCAUUGGUCAUAACUUAUCCUCGCAGUUUGAUGUCUCUCUGCCUCGUAUAAUUUCUGCGACCUGAACCUAUUCGGGUCUCCGACCCUGACUGUAACUGCCAGUGAAGAAACUUGUCACAAUUUAAUACACGUAUCCUGCUUUACAUGGUGUAUAAUGUAAAACAACUCAUUAACCUAGCGUUCUUGGAUGAACUGUGUGUCAGUGAACUGACGUUUCGAAAUAGAACAGGGGGCGUGGCUUAGUUCCAGACCAACAUGGCCGCGCUGUUCUCUAUCGGAGUGGACGUGGGCGGCACGAACACGGACGCAGUGGUUCUACAGGGGGACCGGGUGGUCAGCUGGAGCAAGCAGGUCACCACUCCGGACGUGACCACCGGCGUGGCGAGGGCCGUCAGGGCGGUGCUGGCUCAGGUCAAGGACAGGAACCUGCAAGGCACCAUCACCCGAGUGAACAUCGGCACCACCCAUUUUGUGAAUGCGCUGGUGCAGCGGAGGGAUCUGGUGCCUGUGUCUGUGGUGCGGCUCUGCGGCACGGCGUCUCGCGCACUGCCGCCCUUCUGCGACUUCCCACAGGACCUCAAGAAGGUGGUGUGUGGGUCAUACCACCUGGUGAACGGGGGUCUGCAGUUUGAUGGGCAGGAGAUCUCAUCCCUGGAGGAGGAGGAGCUGAGGACCUGCAUCAGGACCAUCUGGGAGGAGGGGGGGAGGAACGUGGUCAUCGUUGGAAUCUUCUCACCUAUUGCUCCUCAGGCACAGGAGGAGAAAGUGGCGGAUCUGUUCCGUGCGGAGUUUCCGGAGGUCAGCUUGACGCUGUCCCACCGAGUGGGUCAGAUUGGGCUGCUGGAGAGGGAGAACGCGGCUGUCCUGAACGAGUGCCUGAAACCUCUGUGCCACCGGACAGUGGAGGCGUUUAGACAGGCACUGAACGCACUGGGACUGACCUGCCCCUUCUACCUCACUCAGAACGACGGGACAUUAAUCAGUGCAGAGCAGACGUUAGAGUUUCCCGUGCGCACGUUUGCAUCCGGACCCACCAACAGCAUGAGGGGGGCAGCCUUUCUGUCAGAUGUUGAAGAUGCUGUCGUGAUUGACAUCGGAGGGACCACGUCUGACGUGGGCUGUCUCAUGGGAGGGUUUCCUCGGCAUGCGUCGACCAGGGUCAAGGUUGCAGGAGUCAGCACAAACUUCCGCAUGCCCGACGUCCUGAGCAUCGGGCUAGGAGGGGGGUCCAUCGUCAGGCAGAUGGACGGAGCGGACAGGAAUGAGACAGAGUCCACAGUGCAGGUUGGUCCCACCAGUACGGGGUACGGCCUGGUUCGGGAGGGUUUGGUGUUCGGAGGCGCCACCCUCACCGCUACCGACGUGGCUGUGGCUGCCGGGCUGGCCGACCUGGGCGACCCCGGUCAUGUGACCAGUCUGGACCGGGUCCUGGUGCGGCAGGCGGUGGACAGGAUUCACCAGAUGGUCGAGGAGGCCAUCGAUCAGGUCAAGCUGAGUGGUGAGGAUCAGCCCAUUCUGCUGGUGGGGGGUGGCACCAUUCUGGUGGAUGGGAAGAGAAACAUCAGCGGAGCAUCAAGUGUACAGAAACCUCAGCAUUACCAGGUAGCUAAUGCCGUCGGGGCAGCGCUGGGCCAGGUGAGCGGGACGGUGGACCGGGUGGUGAACCUGGCACAGACGACUCGGGACCAGGCCAUCAGCAGGGCGAAGGCAGACGCCGCUCGGCAGGCAGUGGCGGCCGGCGCAGUGGACAGCUCUGUGGAGAUUACAGAGGUGAGCGAGGUCCCCCUAGCAUACGUCCCCAGCAAUGUCACCAAGGUCACCGUGAAGGCAGUGGGGACCCUGAAGGACAGACACACCGGUGCGGGGACCGACCUUGCUGACAUCGGCAGUACUGGUACCAUGGCAACGGAGCAACAAAUGGCAGAGGAAGAUGGUAAUGGCUUUGCGGGCACGCGGCAUUACAAAAGCUUAUCAUUCCCCACUUUCUGCACCCCAGCUGUCGCCCCGCCCCCUCCAGCCCCUCCCCCUGCCUCCCCGGCCGGCCACCUCCCCACCCUCCAGGAAACGGAGCCCCAGAUCCACCCUGAGACGGGGGAGUGGGUCCUGAGUCGCUGGGACGUGGAGUGUCUGGCCGUGGGGGUGGGGAUCCUCGGGUGUGGUGGGGGAGGCAGCCCGACCCUCGGCAGGCUGCAGAUACUGAGGGCCAUGGACGAGGGCCGGAAGAUCAGAAUAAUCGCACCGGAGAGACUAGGCACGACCCCAGCCCUGACCGGUCCUGUGGCCGCUGUGGCGCAGAUGGGCGCUCCCACCAUCUGGAUCGAGAAGCUGUUCAGCGGGACGGAGACGCAGGACGCGCUGCAGUGUGUGAAGGACUUGUACGCUGCCGGCUGCAGCAACGGACAACUGCCCAACAUUGAAGGUUAUAUUAGCCUCCUUAGCACACUUACGAGUUCAAGUCUUUAUUGUGAUGAUCAUCGUAUUGAGAGCUCAGGCAAACAAGAAAGUCCUGGAGGAUAUAGUUUUGAAGUGAAGCAAGGUGACGGUGUGACAUACCUGGAUGACUACCGGCCUGCACAGACGGACUCAGACAGACAGACAGACGCACAGACAGACGCAGAUGGGGACGUGCCAGAGAUCGUCGCAGUGUUGAGUAUGGAGAUCGGGGGACAGAACUCCAUGGAGCCGCUGGUGGUGGGGGCGGCGCUGGACCUCCCCGUGGUGGACGCUGACGGGAUGGGGAGGGCGUUUCCCGAGCUGCAGAUGUUUACACCACUUAUCUACGGGUGUGAAACUUGUCCCGCUGCUGUGGCCGAUGACAAAGGUCAAAGGGCAGCCUUACUGCAGGCCGAUUCUCCGAAGCAUCUCGAAAACCACUUCAGGGCAGUCUGUGUCGAAAUGGGCUGCAUGGCAGGAGUGGUGUUUAACCUGCUCACCGCCUCAGAGGUCCGCUCCACCUGUAUUCUGUACUCCCAAAGUCGUGCCUGGCGUCUGGGACACACCGUUUUGCGCGCCUACAAGAACGGCAUAUCCCCGAUUCAAGCCGUACUGCAGCAGGAGAACGGCAGGCUCCUGGCCACCGGAAAGGUCAGUUUCGGAUGUCCAGAGGACCACCACCAAAGGGUUUGCCCGAGGGGUUCUGAAGAUCGAGGGGUCGGGGGAUUUCCUGGGGAAACCCUCAAGAUUGACUUCCAGAAUGAAAACCUGGUGGCAAGGUUCCUGAGCGACAACAAGGUGGUGGCGUGUGUUCCCGACCUCAUCACGAUCGUGGACGCAGACUCGGGAACUCCCAUCGCCACCGAGGAGCAGCGCUACGGGCUGCGCGUGGCCGUGCUGGUUCUCCCCGCCCCCCUGCUCCUCUGCACACCUGAGGCACUGCAGGUGGUCGGGCCGCAGGCCUUCGGCUACCCGGAAGACGUGAUCUACUCACCUGUGGGAGAGUACACCUGUAACAAACCCGUCCCUCCUAAACCUCAUGGACUUUUAGAUGGUGACGUAAGGCCGGCAGUAUGAGGGGGCUUUAGGAGUUCAAACCUCUGCAUAUAAAAGGACCCAACACACUUAUCGAGAAGAGUAUGGGUGAUUCAGUGCUUGGCCAAAAAUGCAAGCCAUAUAUGGAGCCCUAUGUGGCAGACACUGUCAUUCUCGUAUACUAUAAGACUGUUUAGCCACAGUUGACGCUGUAGGGCUGAUAUCAAUUAGGAUUUUACCAUGGUCAAUAUUGACCGAAGGAGGCCAUAUAGUAGUAUAUCGAGCUAUAUACUGCCCUACCACCAGCAUCGAUAGAUCCCGAAAAGCAUGAUUUUGCUUCAAUUGAGGAUUGCUGCUGUGCCUUUUACACCUGUGCACACAUGAAGCACUGCAGGUGGUCGGACCUCUGCCGUUCGGCUACCCUAAAGACGUGGUCUACUCACCUGUGGUAGACCAUACCUGUAACCAACCCAUCCCUCCUUAAGCUUAAC